AUCCCGUUCUCAUCAUCUUCUUCUUCUCUCUUCUUGUCGUAAUGAGUCUGGCGUCAAGUUCCACCAAAGGUGGGGGCACCUGUAAGCCCAGUGGCAGACUGAGGGGGGAGAAGCCUCGCGGAAAAUGCCAGGAUAACUGCUGUCAGCCCGGGAAGUCGUACCCCGUCUUCCAUUGUUCGCCACCGGUGACUAAGCGGACGAAGGCCACUCUGACUCUGAACAACUUUGAGAGAGGCGGAGACGGAGGAGGGCCAUCAGCGUGUGACAACAAGUUUCACUCAGAUGACACGCCGGUGGUGGCCCUUUCAACAGGAUGGUUCAACCAGAAGAAAAGGUGCCACGAGAGCAUCAUCAUCUUCGGCAACGGAAGGAGGGUGAAGGCGACGGUGGUCGAUGAGUGUGACUCCGCAAAAGGCUGCGACGCAGAGCACGGUUUCCAGCCUCCGUGCCCUAACAACAUCGUCGAUGCUUCUAAAGCAGUUUGGAAGGCUCUGGGUGUGCCCCAGAAGCAGUGGGGCGACGAAAUCGAGAUUGAAUGGUCUGAUGCCUGUAAGUCCAGUGGCAGACUAAAGGGGAAGACUCCACAUGGAAAAUGCCAGGAUAACUGCUGCCAAGCAGGGAAGUCGUACCCCACCUUCCAGUGUUCGCCGCCGGUGACUAAGCGGACGAAGGCCACUCUGACUCUGAACAGCUUCAAGAAAGGCGGAGACGGAGGAGGGCCGGCAGCGUGCGACAACAAGUUUCACUCAGACGACACGCCGGUGGUGGCGCUCUCAACAGGGUGGUUCAACCACAGGAAGAGGUGUCAGAAGAGCAUCAUCAUCUUCGGCAACGGAAAGAAGGUGAAGGCGACGGUGGUUGAUGAGUGUGACUCCACAAAAGGGUGUGAUGAAGAGCACGGUUUCCAACCUCCGUGCCCUAAUAAUGUGGUCGACGGUUCCAAAGCAGUUUGGGAGGCUCUUGGUGUGCCCAAGAAAGACUGGGGCGAGCUUGACGUUGAAUGGUCUGAUGCAUAG